CUCGCGGUCGCGAUGCGCAUGUCAAAUUUUGGAGACCGCCGUGCUUUCCCAUAAAGCCAGUGUGUAGAAUUAUGCAUGUCACCAACAUAAUUUCCUCCCUAUUUCUCUUUCGGACAAGCUACUAAUAUUCUUCUUUUUUGUUUGCAUUUUAACACUUGUAAAGUUUACAGACAAUGUCGCCACCUAAUAGCAAGUACCACAGCGACACAGGCGAUGACAGCGACACAAUGUUUUCCUCCUUUUCCACAGCGCCGGGCGCUGGCUCGCACUCGUCAGCGCCCAUAAAAAGACAAAUCACAGAUACUUCCACCAACAUCGCACCGCGAACACAAGAAACAUCGGGCUGGAAAAAAGAAGCACUCGCCACCCCACAAGGACAAGCCACAGAAACUGCAGCUACAGCACAAUUCCGCUUGGCAGGACUGCUGGCGGACGGAAUUGCCACCAUUGACCGGCGCAGCGACGCUAACUUGCGACUAUUCGACGGCUUGACCAGAUCUGGGACGCCCAUGUUUGCUCGACGGGGAGGCGCAGAAGGCCGGGGAUGGGCCGGAGAUCGUGCUUGGAAAAAAGGUGAGCGCCAAGCGCAGCGAUAUAUGGAUAUCGACUGGAAUGGCGUAAGGUACGAGACAGAAACGGUUAAACCAGAGAGCGGAACUAGUGACGAGACUCUAAUGGCCCUUGCCGGGUUCGUGCCCCUUGUCAAUGGGUGGACUGGUGACAAGCGGUCAUCUGGCGACAAUAAAUACGACAACGACGGCAACGGCAACACGGCCCGAUUUAGGAGCAUGGAUGGCAUGGCCAAGCCGGCUGCAUCGGUAGACGAGCAGCGGCCCCGGUCUUUAGAGUUUAGUGAGUUUGCUAAUGGCGCCUUGCAGGUGAAGCUACGGGAAUGUGAGCAGCGAAUAAAGGCCAAUGUCCACGAUGAGGAUGCCUGGCUGGCGCUUGUCGCGCUGCAGGAGGACAUGGCGUUGUCAUCCUUUUCGGAAAGUUCGCGGCACAAGGCCAAAAGGAUGGUUGCCGAGACAAAGAUCGAAGUGUACCGGCGCGCUCUAGGAUCUGUGCAAUUGGUGCUCGGGUACUUGGAUCAGUGCAAAGAGCUGAUGAACGAUGAUGAAAUCAUGGCUGAGUGGGACAGGGCAGUUGACAGGGCGUCCAACGAACCUGCCAUUAUUAUACACUAUGUUCGAGCCUGCCAGACCACGGCAUCGCGCUUUUCGCGUGUGGUGCGAAUGCUACGCGGCCGGAUGGGCGACGUGCCGCGGAGAUUAGAAUUAUCAGUGCUGAUUUUUGAUCUCAUCCAUGGGGCCUGUCUUAUGUUUCGCGAGGCUGGCUACUUUGAACGCGCUGUGGCCGUUUACCAAGCAGUCGUUGAGUGGUACUUGUUGACGCCCAGCCGACUUUGGUCAGCACCAUUUAGUCACAGACUCAGCGCAUUUGAGUCAUUCUGGGACAGUGGUGUUGCUCGCAUCGGCUCAGACAGUGCCACGGGGGGUUUUCCCAUAGCGGGCCAAUGCAGUGACAGUUCGCUGGACGCCUGGUGUGCGGCCGACAAGCAAUGCUCGAAUAAGAGCAGCACUUGUAUUCCGCUUUUGGUGCCAAUAGCAUUGCUGGAUGAAUCGAUGAUUUCGGAGCUGGAUCCGUUUUCAGUAACCAUAUUCGAGGAUGUGGAGCCCUUUCUGGUUGAUAUUCCGUGGGACGGCGCGGCAGCUCGGUCGCUAAUCGACAGGCUUAUGCAGUUUCUCGGAAUUGUCGGGCCGCAGUCGUUUGUGUUUUCCAAAAUUGGCCUUACUACAAGCGACAUACCAUGGACUAGUGUUGGGUGUGGGGGCGAUGUGUUUACCGCGGCGCAAGGUCUGGCUAUGUGGCCGUCUUCCAGAUCAGAUUCCGGCCCUCCAGCUGAUCUAAGCAGUACCCAUGGCCAGCGGUUUCCAUUUGUUUCGGUGCCCACAACAGCAGACACGGUGGACAUAUCGCUGCCAUACAUCUAUGCGUGUAUGUGGUUGCGUCCGACAAAUGCUCUUUACGGCGAUAUGUUUGAGCACGCAGUCACAUUAUUUCUUCAACAAUCAGCAACUCAGCAGCGAUUGGACCUUCACAUGCAGAAAAUGCUGGCGUGUUUGGCAUUAUGGAAUGCUUUUGCCAAAAUGCACGCUCGAUAUGGUUUCUGGGAUGAGGCACGGAAGAUCUGGGCAGCUACACUGGCCUCUAAGUUUAGGAUUCCUGAAAGCGAGAGGUCGUGGCUUAUCGUAGUUUGCAAAUCAUGGGCGCUCAUGGAGGCCAAGCACGGGCGCGGCCUUUCCAUGUGCGUGAAGAUUCUGGGAUGCUCGACAGCUGCUGAGUACCAGUCACUUGCAGAACCACAAACGGCUCAGGAUUCAUCGGCCAAUUUAUUUGCAGGCCUGGCCAAAGAUGAUGACCAGUGCAGUCUGUUACCAGAGGACAUUUUGCGCGCAAAGGCCGCAGUUGCUGUGGUGAAAAGCGGGGCUAGCUGCGGAAUCCCGGCGGACGAAAUCAGGCAUGCAGUGCUUGCGAUUGACUUGUGGUUGAUGUAUGCAGCUAAGCGCGACUGUAGUGCUGCCGACGCUGUGUACAGUGACUUUAUUGCCACUACCCGCUCGCUUCCACUUGCGCAAUUGCCUCGAGUAGAAGGAGCGGAUGGCCAUGCGCUUGAUGGCAGUGACGUAGAACUGGCCACAAUGGAGAUAUGCACCAUUCACCUGUUCCACGCAUUGUCAUUUAAGGUGCACCGGGCAGCCGAUCUACGCAAUCGCCUCCAAGAGGCCCUGGACCAGUUCCCACACAAUACGGUGUUCUGGGAGAUGUUUAUCGCUUCAGAGGCGCGCACAAAAAUAGUCAACCGUGUCCACCGCCAAGUCAACUCUGCCGCUGACCAGCAUCGUACACCUGACUUAUACAUGAUGGCGGUGUAUUCCGAGCUGAAACAAAUGACCAACGUUAAUUCGGCACGCUGGGCGCUGCGCAAGGCCACGCGCAAUGGUGAGUGCGCUUCCGUGCUGGCGUGGGCUAUCUACGUGACGCAGAGAUCGAUUAAGCGGGCCAAGCGGGUAUUGCUGGCUGCGCUGCGCAUGUGCCCAUGGGCCAACCCCUGUAUUGGCCCGCUUUCUGCAGCAUUUACUUCUGAAGAAAAGAUGGCCUUGAUUCGAGCGAUGGUCACAGCUGGGCUGCGAUUCCACGCUGAUUGCGGUUGUAUUUAGAAUAAAUUUAAUAUAAUUAAAAACUUGUAUUUUUCGAUUGUUG